GGAAGUAACUCUCCCGUCUGUAGAGGUUGCCAAUUGUGCCAGCCUCCUCGCACGAAACGUUGGCCGUUCUCAAUGUCAACUGAACUAACAUUUAGUCAAAUCACAAGGGUCUUCAACGUUGAAUGAUUUUUCUAUAUCCAUCACUUUGGGCGGACAGUGAUGGAUCACCAAAUCCUGACGGAGCCUCCAUGAAACGAGAAACGGGAUUGGGAAAUUACACCAACAAUUUGGCCGCCUGCGUUGGUCAGUGCUUCCCGCAUCAUCAGUCCACGUGUGUACUCCGUAGUUGUAGUUGUGACAAAGGAGAGGAAGAAGGGUGCGUUGUGGACGCCGCAGGCAGGCCCGGAGAACGGAAAACGGGACGGACGGAAUUGGGCAGAGAAAGGAAUCCAGACAAUUCCAGACUCCAGAGUGCACACCAGAGAGAAAAGGAGGCAUCCCUUGAUCAGCUCGGACCCUGUCUUGUUUCUGCCAUCGCAUGCCAGUCCAAGUCACUCGGGGCAAGGUUGACCUGCCCUGUGGCAAGCUCAAGCUCUAAGAGCAUCGGCGGCGUGCGUGACAAGUGUACCGUACUCUACUUGUCUGCCUGUGCUAUCCGUAAUUCUGUACGGAGUAUACGUACACGCUAUUUUCGUACACGAGAGGCGGGAUGAUUGAUCCGUCUCUGUUGGGCGUUAGGGGCAGAAGCUGGGGACUCGAGGCAGCCCGGGCUCGGA